AUGGCUACCACUGCAACCAUGGAAGCAGCGGACAUUGUUGUUGUGGCACUCUACUUUGUCCUCGUCCUGUUGAUUGGCUUCCUAGCUAUGUGGAGAGCCAACCGCAGCACAGUGAGUGGCUAUUUCCUUGCUGGUCGCUCCUUGAACUGGGCAGCUAUUGGAGCUUCUCUAUUUGUGAGCAAUAUAGGAAGUGAGCAUUUCAUUGGUCUAGCUGGAUCUGGAGCUGCUAGCGGCUUUGGUGUGGCUGCCUGGGAACUCAAUGCUCUGCUACUUCUCCAGUUGCUAGGCUGGGUGUUUAUACCGGUGUAUAUUCUCUCCGGGGUCUAUACUAUGCCCGAAUACCUGGCCAAACGCUUCGGGGGGAAGCGAUUAAAGGUAUAUUUCGCCUCUCUAUCCCUUCUUCUCUACAUCUUCACUAAGUUGUCAGUGGACCUCUAUGCUGGAGCCCUGUUUAUCCAGGAAUCUUUAGGAUGGAACCUCUACCUGUCAAUCAUCCUGCUUAUCGCCAUGACAGCAUUGCUUACAGUGACUGGUGGACUGAUGGCAGUGAUCUACACGGAUGUGGUCCAGGCCUUCCUGAUGAUCACUGGAGCUCUCUGCCUGAUGGGAAUCAGUCUCUCUAAAGUGGGAGGAAUGGAAGGUUUGAGGAUCAAGUACAUGCAGGCCACGCCAAACAUCAUAGCCAUUCUGCUAUCCUCACCCAGCAAUCUGACCUACACUGAGACCUGUCACAUCAAGCCAAAACCAGAUGCACUGAAGAUCCUACGAGGCCCAACGGACCCAGAUCUGCCAUGGCCUGGUUUCUUGUUCGGCCAGACCCCUGCAUCUAUUUGGUACUGGUGCACAGAUCAGGUGAUUGUGCAGCGAGUCCUGGCAGCGAAAAACCAUUCCCAUGCAAAAGGUUCUACCAUCAUGGCUGGUUUCCUGAAAAUCCUACCCAUGUUCAUUAUCAUCAUCCCAGGGAUGAUUUCCAGGAUCCUUUUCGCUGAUGAGUUGGCAUGCAUCAGCCCAGAACACUGCAUGGAAGUGUGUGGCUCUGAGGCGGGCUGCAGCAAUGUUGCCUACCCUCGGCUGGUCAUGUCUGUGAUGCCUGUGGGCCUCCGUGGCCUGAUGAUGGCUGUGAUGAUCGCAGCUCUGAUGAGUGACCUGGACUCCAUUUUUAACUCAGCCAGCACCAUAUUCACUCUGGACAUUUACAAGAUGCUGCGCAAGCAAGUGUCAUCCAAGGAGCUGUUGGUUGUGGGUAGACUGUUUGUAGUCUUCAUGGUGGUUAUUAGCAUCGCUUGGGUGCCUGUUAUCAUCGAGAUGCAAGGGGGUCAGAUGUUUUACUAUAUCCAGGAAGUGUCAGACUACCUAACUCCACCUGUUGCUGCUGUGUUCCUGCUUGGUGUAUUAUGGUGUCGUUGUAAUGAGACAGGUGCAUUUUGGGGCGGGAUGGUAGGGUUUGGACUUGGAGGGAUGCGUCUGGUUCUUGCAUUUGUCUACCGUGAGCCACACUGCGAUGUUCCCGAUGAACGACCAGCUUUUAUUAAAGACAUUCAUUUUAUGUAUGUGGCAGCCAUCUUGUUUUGGGUGUCGGGUCUAGUGGCUGUAAUUGUGAGCCUCUGCACUCCCCCACCCACAGAACAGCAGGUUCGAACUACUACUCUUUGGGGCCUACAUGAGAAACAGAAGGGAGCACAGGAAAAAAGACAAGUCAAAGAGAGAAAUGGAGAAGAGUUGGAUAGAUUGAGGCCACAAAGCAACGCAAACUUAAGUGAGAAAAGUCUACUUGACAAAGAUAGAACCAGCAAUGGCUGCUUCUCUUCGAUACUGACCGGCCCUGGAAGGGCACUAGAGGGGGAGGAAACAGGCGUUAAGGGUGGAAAUGAGAAAGAGGAAUGUCACGGUGUUGUAGGUGAAUUGGGAGGGAAAGGUGGCAGGUGUAGGAGGGCAGUGGAGUGGUUCUGUGGAUUCCAGGAAAAGCCAUCUAAGACUAAGGCUCAGUCAGUAAAGGAGGAACAAAAGUUGUUGGAGGAGCUGCUCCAUGAACCUUGGAAAAGCAAAGUAACCCUCAACAUUGGAAUGGUGGUAGUCUGCUCUGUAGGAGUGUUCCUCUUUAUCUAUUUCUCCUUAUAA